AUGGUAAAUCUAAAUUUCACUAAAGCAAUAGUGGAUGACGAAUACUGCAAGACAGUCGAUAAGGAACCCUACGAUGCUCUAACAAUAUUCACAAUAGUUCUACUAUCAAUCUUGGCUGCUGCUAUGCUACUUGCUACUCUCUGCGACUAUUUCUUCUUUGAGGAUCAAAGCAAAUUGCCAGGAGUGAUCAAAGUUUUCUCUGCACGCGCCAAUUCUAGAGCUCUCUUCCGUCUUGUCCAACCCAAAUCGAAUCCCACUGUCAUCGAUUGUCUUCAUGGACUGCGUUGCAUGUCGCUUAUUUGGGUUAUUUUUGGCCAUCAAUAUUUGUUUGCAAUAAUGGGACCAAAUAUAAACGGACUAAAACUGGUUUCAUGGAUCGCAAGUCCGUUUGCCAGUUUCAUACUCCAUGGUUUCUUCUCAGUUGAUACCUUCUUCUUCCUAAGUGGCCUGUUGCUUGUAAUGAUUGCCCUGCGAUCACUUGAGAAAACCAAAGGCAGACUCAAUAUUCCCUUGAUGUAUCUCCAUCGGUAUUUGAGACUUACUCCUAUAGUGGCUGUGGCUAUUCUUAUGCAUAUGAAGCUACUUCCCAUAAUGAAUGAUGGUCCCGUGACUUACAGGGCACAAUUCGAUAACUACGAUCACUGCCACAGGACGUGGUAUUUGACUCUACUCUACGUCCAAAACUAUGCUACUCCAGAUUUGUGCAUGAAUCACACCUGGUACCUGGCUGUAGAUAUGCAAUUGUAUAUUCUAUCGCCAAUAUUCCUUAUCGCAUUGUACAAGUGGGGCAAGAAAGCUGCUGCGGCAAUCUUUGUACUCAUGCUUCUACUCUCUGGUUGUCUCUUUGCCACAAUAAUGACCAAAAAGUAUCCAGUAGAUUUUGCCAAAGGAGGCAUCAGCGGUGAAAGCAAUCGCAAACUCUACUGGGCGACACAUGUUCAUGCGGCACCUUGGCUGAUCGGACUUCUGCUUGGAUACUUCCUGCACUUGAAUCGUAACAAGUCCUUCAAGCUUAAUUUCAUUUUCAUUUGGUUGGGUUGGAUUGUCAGCUUGGCCAUGUUGUUUGCCUCCUUGUUUGCUCUGUAUCCAGCUGCCCAGUGGAGUGCAAAAGCAUUGACAUUGGGAGAACAGGCUGCCUACUAUACACUGAGUCGAAUCGCUUGGCCGUUAGCUCUCUGCUGGGUUGUGUUUGCCUGUAUGCAGGGAUAUGGCGGAUUGGCCAACAGUUUCCUCUCCUCGCCACUUUGGCAGCCCCUGUCAAAACUCUCCUUCACGGCGUAUAUGUUUCACAUAUUCAUGCAGCAAGUACACGCAAGACGUCUGAGAACUAACGCCGUAUUCACAGACUACGAUGUGAUGCUGUCAUUCUGGCAAACCUUUGGCUUUACAUUGCUGCUGUCUUACGUAAUGUAUAUUAUUCUGGAAGCACCCUUUGGUGCCUUGGAAGGUAUGCUAAUGCCUCAGCGAAAACCUAAGCCGAAAACUGAGGAGCCCAUUGAUGUACGGACUGAUGAAAUUCAAGUUGUCGAGGUUCAAAAGACAAAUGAACCUAUGAAACCUGCAAAAGUUACGGGAGAGCAGGACAUAUAG